UCAUGUCCAUCCUGCCCGGCUCUGACUGUGCUGUACUGACAGUUGUUGGUUGGUCUCUUCCGGACCGAAUGCACAGCGCAAUGGCGGUCCCUACCAGCAAGCUCUUCUCAAUCUUCUGUCUCCUGGCCGUGUUCGGUUCUUACUGCCAGAUGGCACCAGCCGCUGGCUCCGCUGCUGUGUCCAGGCACUUCCAGCUCGGCACAGCACACGUGUACCGCCUGGAGAGCACCGUGCUGUUCAACGAGUCGGGGCCCCGGGUCGGCAAGGAUGUCGGGUAUCAGGUUACUGCUACCCUUAACGUCGGGGUGCUGUGGCAGAGCCCCUUCGACCCCAACGACAAGCUGCUCCAACUAGAGCUGUCUUCACCACAACUGCAUAUCAAGUCUAGAAAAGCACCAGAACCAGAGGGGUUUGUGGUACACACAUCCAAAUUGGAGGACUUGAAGAACUUGCCAUACUUGGUGCACUGGAAUACAGGCAAGAUUGAGCAUGUUUUUCUUGCAGAGGGUGAAGACCUGUCCAUGGUGAACCUCAAAAAAGGGAUUGCUAGUCUUUUCCAGUUCCAGAUUUUAGAUGUGACUCAAACAGAAAAGGAUGCAUCUGGCAAGUGUCAGGUAUCAUACAAGUCACUAGAUCCACAUACGUUCCUCAAGACCAAGACUGAUUGCAUCUCAGGGAAAACAGUGCCUUUCAUCCUACAUCCUGACAAAGUUAUGGGAACAUCGGUUACCUCGAAGAGGGAGGCGAAGUAUGUAUUGUCAAAUGAUAUGUCUGUUGUGAAGUCCAUCAUGGCAAGUGAGACACACAACAUGGUGGUGGAGAUGUGGAAGGAUGCUGGGGGCUCUGUCAGCGCAAGGCAACACCUUUUUUUGACAGACACUGAUGGCAAAGUGCUGCCAAUCAAAACCUCAUCAGUUGAAGAAGCUGUUCAAGAAAUAGAGAAAAAUUUAAAGACAACAUUUACAAAACAAAUUCUGGUAACAGAAAGGGAGCCACCAGCCUGCCAAGAAGAUUGUCCUACACUACAUAAACUUGUGAAGGAGAAUCAUGACCAUCUGAAAGAUGAGAACAUUGGAACAACACGCUCAGCCACUAUAUUCAUCAAACUCUUGAAUGUUGCAAGGGAAUCGAAGAUGGAAGAUAUUUACAAAGUUUUGAAGAGUUCAAAAAACAAGGAUAUACUGUUGCAGUUGUGUGACUUGGUUGGAGCUACACAGACAGUAGCGGCACAUGAGGCUGCAAGGAAGUUCCUCCAUCUGGACUUGGAGUCAGACCUGGACAUGAAUGAACGUUACUUUUGGGCUCUCUCACUCGGCUCACAUCCACAGCAGCAGGUCAUCAAGGAUGUACUGACGUUAACAUACAAAGACUUCCCAGAGAAGCUGUCAGAGACUCUGGUAUUGACAGUUGCAGCUUUAACUAACCGGUUCAUGAAGCUGCCAGGGAACAGUCAGCACAAGGUAAUUGGGGAGGUAAAGAUGUCACUGGUAGAUGGUCUGUCCAAAUGUGCUAAUGAAGAAUGCAAGCAGAAAUAUUUACGUGGCUUGAAGAACCUGGGGAUUAGAGACACUGUGCCGCUGUUACUGCAACAUGCUUUGUCUGGAACCAAGAAGACAAGUGUCACUGCAAUGAAAGCCCUGCGAUCAUUGCCACCUGCUGCUUGGGAUGACGAUGUUAAGACAGCAGCGACACGGAUAUAUUAUCAGCUGGGUAAAAGGUUUGACACCAGUUCUAGAACUCUGGCUGCAGACAUUCUGCUGGAGUCUAAACCAAGCCGUGAAGUUCUUCGAGAACUCCUCCUAUCUCUGGCCUCGAGAGCAGAUCCAACUUAUGAAGUGCAACAGUACGUGCUGCAGAGGAUUAACCAGAUUAGUGACAGAGAUCCAAACUUUGGUGCACAAGUAGUGUCUAUAAUACGAGAAGAACACAAGAAGCUCAACAAUUACCAUGUGAUGGGUCAGCGAGGGCUCUCGACUGCUUUCAUGAGGUCAUUCCUCUCCAGUCCAAGUGGGAAUGGCAGCCUGGUUGCAAUUCAGGAGAUAGCUGGUGGGAUCCUCAAGAGAGGUCUUGUUGAUGUUGUCUUGGAAACCCAGGGAACAUCACAGGAAAUCUUCACACUGGGUCUCUUUGCUGGAGGUCUGAGUUCAUUCGUCUCAUCUGAUGAGGAGCCAGUUGAUUCAGAAGAACCAGAAGAAUCUGCCACUGCUGGCAUGGAGAUAACAGCGCUGGGAGUUCAAAUGCGGCCAUUUGUAUUCUUCAGUGGACAGGGUGAACUCAUGGGACAUGUCUGGUCAGGAACUGGAUCAGAGAAAACACCAGCCUUCCAGACGCUGGCAUUGCUGCAGGACCAUCUACAGUACCUUCCCCUCCAGUCUGGAUUCGUUGCUGAACUGAACUUGAUGGGUGUUGUGUCAUUUGAUUUGUCUGGACAAAUUCAGCUCAGCUUGUGGAACAGAAAUGCACAUUCACUUGUUGAGAAAAAUGCUGGCAUCAUGAUACAGGGUGUCAUGAAGGUUGACUCAUCAUUCGUGAGGAGCCAAGUGGAGUUCACCCUUGCAACAGAGGCGAAACUGAAUCUUGUGUCAGACAUUGAUUUCUACAACAGUGUUGCCCUCUGCCUUCAGUUAAGAUCUCCAGACUCAGUCAUUAAACAUAAUGUGUACAAGGUUGAGCGGAUCCCUGGCAGCAAACAUAGGUUACGCAAGGCAAAGUACAAAGUGAUGAAGGUCCCUGGCAAGACCUAUGCUCUCAACAGGAAGAGUAAUGAAAUGUGCAAUGUCAUAUUCAAGGAAUAAUGUGAUGUGAACCACUAACACUGAAUGUGACUCGUCAUAAAUGGGGAAAAGCAGCAGUCAACAUUUGUGAAUAUUAAUUAAUAUGAUGCGUGUCCUGCAGUAAUUUAUCUACAUGUAUCUUUUGUACAUAAUACAUUCCUUAUUUACAGA